ACGUUCGGAGCCAGAAUUUACGAGGAGCACGCAAACGCAUCACGUUCAUGUUGCCACAGUGAACAAGUGGGACCCCUAGCGACCGGAGCCCGUUAUUGGUUUUCCCCACGGAUGAGAGGAUGAGGCCGGAGUCCGGAGAGAGGGUGAUGCUGUCUUGUCAUCCGUUUGUCACCGACGUUAGUGAAUGACAGCAGCAUGAACAUGACGACAUUUUGAAACACGCGCCGGUAAGACUCGACUAUCUCCGCGCUGUGUUCGCGUCGGUGUAGCACGAUGAUGGCGUCCGUCUGCACAGAGGAAGACGUGCAGGAGUUCCUGAUGGAGAGAGGAGGGAGGGUCCGACAGAUGGAGCUGAUCGAUCAUUUCCUAUCAGAUCUCGGGGGAAAUGACCCGUCGAAGGAAGGGGUGGAUCGCGAGGUCCUCAAACGUGUUGUGGAGAGCGUGGGGUUCGUGAAGGUGGAGGACGGCGUGAAAUUUGUUUGUUUAAACGCUGACGGUCACCCAGAGUCGAUGAUGCGUGUGGACGUUGAGUGCAACGGGAAUAUCCACGAGCCAGUGGACAACAGUGUCAACGGCAACCACGAAAACAGAGAGCAAACAGGUGAAUCCAGCCCACCUGGUGCAAACCCGGAUAAUGACAGACAGUCGAAUGGCAACGGGCAACCUGCAACCUCCUCCCAGAUAAAGAUGAAUGCCGCAACACCAACCUCGGGAGGCAGAGGAGAGGUGAAGCUGAGGGACAGGAGGAGGCGAGAGUCGGCCCCAAUUAUAUCUGGGAUGCCAGAUUUGGACCAGGCUCACCCUGGUUGGUUCCACAGUCAACAAGUGAGAGCAGCACGAAGGGUUUCCAAGGGCUCCCAGCGGGCCAUGCUGACCAGCUGCCUGUCUGAAGACAGUGCCCUGGAAGGUUUUGGUCCAGUUGGAGAUAUCAACACGCCUAAAGGAAGUCGCAGGAACUUCAUAGAGCUGAUGAUGAGUAGUUCUCCUCAGGUUCGGAGGUCUCUGAUCGACCGCGGCUCACGCCUCCGAGACUCACUGAAGAGCGACGGCGAUUCUGUAUCAAUCGUCUCAUCAGCCACCGAUGAAGACUGUGCCUCAGUGACUCUGGACCCACUGGAGCAUGAGUGGAUGCUGUGUGCCUCAGAAGGCCUAUGGGAAAGCCUGCACUCCCUGUUAGCUGUCGAACCCAGCCUGGUGACCAAGAGAGACUUUGUGACCGGCUUCACUUGCCUCCACUGGGCGGCCAAGCAAGGCAAAGCCGAGCUGCUCUCCCAGCUGCUGGGCUUCGCCAAGGAGAAUGCUAUACCGGUGAAUGUAAACGUGAGAUCAAGUGCUGGAUACACACCGCUACACCUGGCAGCCAUGCAUGGACACACACAGGUGGUUCGGGUAUUGCUGUCAGACUGGGAGGCAGACCCCGAGGCUCGAGACUACAGCGGCAGACGAGCCAUCCAGUAUCUUCCCCCGCCACUGGCUGCGGACCUGCAGGACGAGGGACUGGUCACCUCACCGGGGACUGAGUCAGACAGCGAAAACACCGGUGGCAGCAGUGGUGGAAAAGGGCGUGCGUGGAGGUUUCCUCGAGUCCUGCCAGGCAAUCUGAACCCUCUGCGGCUGCUGAAUCCACCGGCUGAGGCGGCGGAGGAGGGAGCCGGGAUUGUGAAGACGAAAGGAGAGGGCAUGCAGAGGAAGUCGUCUCUGAGCCGCUUGAACGCCAGGCUGCACAGGGGGCGCCACCGAGCUCAGAUCAUCCACAGCGCCUCAUUUCGGGACACGGGGGAAUUUGGGAGAGGAGAGGAGCUUCCCAGCAGUCCGCUUCGAACCAGACCCCUGUCCAAUCUGUUUGGGUGAAACACCGGUCUGAACCAGCAGUGCAUCAUUUUUCAAUCAGUCUGACAUUGUUUUGAUUCACAGGAUAAAGUUUACUGACUCAUAAACUGACAGGUCCAUGACCACAACUAAUCAUACAUAUCUUAAAUAUGGAGUCAAGCUGUUUUCUAAGGUUUAUUAUAAUAUAUUUUUAAGGGAAUAACCACAUUUGUUGUUUUUCUAAAAAGAUUAUAACUUAUUUUUGUUCCUGUUGCAGGUGUUCGGCUCAUGGUGAUCACUACCUGGGAGACACUGUUCAUGUAGAUUGUAUGUUUUUUUUUCCCAUUUUCUUAAUUUAUGGGAUGGUGGGUUUAUUGAAUCCAUAGGCUCCGUUUUAGAGCAGGUAGCAAAUACCACACCAGCUUUUUUUAUUAUUAUUAUUAUUAUUAUUAUUAUUAUUAUUAUUAUUUAAUACUCAACACAAGAAUAAUAUUGACACAAACACUAAAGCACCAAGUAGGAUUGUAUUGAGUUUUCAUGGUAGUUUUGAGUGACAAUGGUGAGAAACACAAAAACACUUGGCUUGAUUUCACAGUUUCUUUUUUCUUUUUUAAAUAAAAUAAUAUAUUCCUAAACCUCAUUUUCUAUAUCCCAACCUCCUCUGAUUGUAAGGUGCUGACUUUUUUCCAGUGUAUAAUAACAGUAAUAGGAGUUCAUUUUAAAUUGAAGUAGCACAUUUUAAUUUUCAAACUCUUUGUAAAUGCAGAAAUAUGGUCUGUCCAAAUAUCUCUGUACAGACGUCAUGUUUGCACUCGUCACUUUGAAGAUAGUAGGCGACACUGGGAGAAAACCCCUUGUGCUGAAACCACAGCUGUUUUUGGUCCACGUCACACCGACAGUGUGUGUUUAAAAUUGUAUGCACAGCAGAAGUGGGCAACCAAACUGUUUUGCCGUUAUAUAGCUAAUCUACUGCAAACUGUAUCUUGAAGUACAAAUGGAGACUGUUAUUUUUCUAUAUCUUUCACUCUCAACAGUGUAAUUUACUCUGACAGGGGAAUGUUUCCAGGCUUCCGUCGUAGCUGUAGUUUCGGGUAUUUGUUUCUAUGAAUUUCAUAGUUUGACGUCACCUAUUUCCCAUGGAAUACAUGCAUGAUUUAAAUGAGAAUCAGUUGAGGGUUAAGCUCUGAACAGUUGAGAACAUAGAUACUCAGCAUGGCACUGAUCAGAUUAAGAAUAAAUACGCCAGCAAACCUGCAUCAUUUUACAUUUAGUGUAAUGUUGCCAUGUGUAUUGACCUCUUUUGUCAUGUCUUUUUCAUCUGUGAAUAUUAAAUGAGUAGAUCUAAAUGUGCUCCAAGCUGAAAAGCACACUGACUUUUUAACAGUUUUCCCAAAUAUGUGAAUCUUUCAUACUCGACGACACUUCCUAGAUUACACGAAUGUUCCUUUUGUAAGCUUUAUUCUGAAAUCGUCGUGUUUCCUGUAAUUGUAAGACUGACACUUUUGAUGUAGACAUAUAUGAUACAGAUGUGCUAUGACAUCACUUUUUCAACCGCAUGAACAUAAGAGUCUGUCUCAUUUGUGAAAUACUGUGACGUGAUUAUCUGGUGUGAAAACACGGUUGCCCCUGUCAUAUUUCUCAUCCUUAAAUGUGAUAAAGCAAUAAGAAUUUGCAUCAAA